AUGUCUUUAUGUGCUACAUUGCAGGCCCACACUACUGGGCCCCCACACCUGGGCCCCCACACCUGGGCCCCCACACCUGGGCCCCCACUAUUGAUAUGCUCUCAAAGUAUGCCCACACCACCUUGCCCCACUAUUAAUGUUCUGGAUUGCAGGCCCCCACUACUGGGCCCCACCAUUGAUGUACCCCCACUACUGGGCCCCACCAUUGAUGUACCCCCACUACUGGGCCCCACCAUUGAUGUACCCCCACUACUGGGCCCCACCAUUGAUGUACCCCCACUACUGGGCCCCAUCAUUGAUGUGCCCCCACUACUGGGCCCCAUCAUUGAUGUACCCCCACUACUGGGCCCCAUCAUUGAUGUACCCCCACUACUGGGCCCCAUCAUUGAUGUACCCCCACUACUGGGCCCCAUCAUUGAUGUACCCCCACUACUGAGCCCCAUCAUUGAUGUACCCCCACUACUGGGCCCCAUCAUUGAUGUACCCCCACUACUGGGCCCCACCAUUGAUGUACCCCCACUACUGGGCCCCACCAUUGAUGUACCCCCACUACUGGGCCCCAAUGAUUGUUGUACCCCCACUACUGGGCCCCACCAUUGA